GGAUUCCCUCACACAUUACUGGCAUUGAAGGCCAAGACUUCAUCCAGAGUCGCAUCAUCGGCGGCUACGCUCCCCCACCCAACUCCAUCAAGUACAUGGUGUCCAUACAGAGCACCUCAGGGCAGCACUUCUGUGGCGGCACGUUAAUCAACAAGUAUUGGGUCCUAACAGCCGCACACUGUGAUGUAGGGGCGGAGUACAUGUACAUCAUAGCUGGAGACUACUCCCUCAGCAUGUACGAGGGCACCGAGCAGUUCUACAGACCGCACAUCGUCAUUCCUCACCCAGACUACAACAAGAGCACACACAACAACGACAUCAUGCUCAUUAAACUUCGAGGUCCUGUGUCGCUGAACAGCUACGUGUCCAUCGCCUCUCUCCCCCGUCACAACUCGUCGGUGGCGGAGGGCCGCGUGUGCCGCGUAUCGGGCUGGGGCAGGACGAGCCCCGACGGGGGCGGCAUCCCCUCCACCCUGCGCACCGUCAAGCUGCCCAUCGUCUCCAGCGAACGCUGCAACGCCAGCGACUCCUUCAACGGCAGGAUCACCGCCAACAUGAUCUGUGCUGGGUACAGCGCAGGGGGCAAAGACGCAUGCAAGGGUGAUUCUGGAGGUGCGCUGGUGUGCGAGGGCCGCGUCUAUGGCAUCGUGUCCUGGGGCGAGGGCUGUGCGGACCCCAGGUACCCGGGAGUCUACACGGCCGUCUCACGAUACCGCCGGUGGAUAGACCGCAUCAUCUUCAGCUACUACAGCAGGUGUAUCACCUACUAGUGGACCAGCGGUACCGUACAACUACGACCCCCUCCACAGCAGCGAUGGGUUACUUGGAUUCAGGAGCUAAAAUCCAGUGCCACAUAUUCCAGAAUAACAGGGGCAGGAAUGGGAAUCUACCUUGUUUCAGAAUCGAAUCCGUCUCCCCGGAUUUUUGGCACGGUGCCAUAGCCAUAGGUUUUAUCUGUCCAAUUGCCCUAAUUGCACAGGUAAUUGCACAGGUCAUUUGGAAUAUGUGCUCCUGGAAUGUAGCGUUUGAAUCCAGGUUGCCCAUCAUCACUGCUCUAAAGCCAUAUCCCACAUAGUGAUCUACAACUUCUGUUAAAGAAACCCACUGUAACACAUUGCCCCUCAGUGCUUUUUGUGGCUUUGAAGGGUGUGUUCUCCAACUGUCUUUUCUCUUUUUUGUAAGCCUUACUGACUUUCUCAGCUGUCAACAUUAUCGAUGAGAGAGUGCCUCUCAUUCUCAUUUUAACAAGGUGCCAUAUUAAGACUUGACAACCUCCAUCUGGUUCACAUAAGGCAUGUAGAUGGAGAUUCGGGAACUCAACCAAGCAAUAGUAGAGAUGUAUAAAAUAAUGAAAUGAUGCCAACAAAGAGAUUUUAGUGUCUUAAAAGUAUUUACGCACUUGGGCAUUGAUGUUCUGAGCAAAGAAAAAAAACACAACCUUUGGCUGUCUGAAAGUUUUUUUGAAUUCAUUCCAGGUGUAAAAACAACAAAAUAAUGUUGCUGUACAACAAUGCAGUGGACGGAGUGUUUAUUGAUGUUUUAUUUAAUAAUA